AUGUCGAUUCUCGACACUAAACAGUCUACUACAACGCAUCUCGACGAUCCUGCUCUCAAACCGCCUUUUUGCACCUCAACAUUACGGACACUAUCAUUCAUACCUUAUCGACUGUACCAUCAGACGACCGCAUAUCAGGAAGUUAUGUCCUUCCGAUUCCUCUGCCACGGUUGCGAAAAAAUGGACAUCGCCUUGGAACCCAUCGUUGUAUGUCAGUGUGGUGAAUUCUGGUGCUCCUCGCUAUGCCUAGAAGUAUUCUUUGGAAGCCAUUUCACCGACGCUCCACAUCUAAAACAUGGAUUUUUCGAUUAUUUUCCAAGACCCGACCAGGAAAUAAUAUCUCAGGAUCUACGGAGAACCAAUAUUCGAGGUCUCAUAUUUAACCAAAACCGCUCUGCUCCUAUAGAAAUUUCUCUCACGUUCUUAUACAGACACGGCGAGAUACCGGAUCAUAUACCGAUUCUGUGGGCCUACUUUCGCCCAGACGAGCUCGCCUGUCGGAGGGUCGGUGAACGAGGGAGUGACCCCCCUUUUGAGCUUUGGUACCAUAAGAACCAAAUGCAGCUUUUCGUCCAAGAUCCCAAUUCUGUGAAUAACACGAUUGUCAGCCUUACCGAUUCUCUUGAGGUACAGAAAUUAUGGUACGGCCCAGUCAUCGCUGUAAUACUCCAGAGAGACGAGGAUCAGUUGACGUACACAAAUGUGGAAUCCUAUCACAUGGACGUUGUCAGAAGAUUUUUCACGAGUUAUACUUGUCCCUGUGUCGUUUACUGA